AUGUCGGCCGCAUUCGACAUCUCGACAGCUCGAGAGCGCUUCCCCGCACUGCAGCAGGAUCAAGUGUUCCUCGACAAUGCUGGAGGGAGCCAAGCACUGGGGACUGUAAUCGACUCUAUCACUCAGUACCUGUCCAAGACCAAUGUUCAGCUGGGUGCUUCGUACCACACUGGCACACAGUCGAACACGAAAUAUGAGGAGGGUUAUCAAGCCGCUGCGAAGUAUAUCAAUGCAGGCCGCGAUGAGAUUGUGCUAGGGGCCUCGACGACCCAACUGUUCAUGAAUUUGUCCAGCGCCUUGAUUCUCAAUGAAGGCGACGAGAUAAUCCUGUCCAAAAUGGAGCAUGAGACAAACGUAAAGCCGUGGUUAUUCAUGGCUGACCGCCUCAAGCUCAAAGUGACGUGGUGGCAUUCAGAUAAGCCGGAGCUGAAGCUGACUGCAGAGAACCUGAAGCCGUUGCUGUCUCCGAAAGUUAAGUUCGUGGCCUGCACACACGUCUCAAACGUGCUUGGCUCGAUCCACGAUGUGAAAGCGAUUGCAGAUGCCGUGCAUGAGGUGGGUGCGCUGUUCUGUGUGGACGGUGUGAGCUUCGCGCCCCACAGGAGAGUCGAUGUCAAGGCAUUUGGCGUUGACUUCUACGCAUUCUCAUGGUACAAGGUAUAUGGCCCCCACAUCGCUGUACUGUACGCGAGCAAUGCCGCUCAAAAGCAUGUCAAGCCAUUGGCUCACUUCUUCAACCCUACCAAGACACUCGAAGAUAAGCUUGGUUUUGCGGGAUCCAACUAUGAAGGAGUCCAGGCAAUUCCUGAGAUCGUGAAGUAUCUCGAGGGUUCCGAUAAAGCGAUCACUGAGCACGAGGGCAAGCUCCAGAAGAUCCUGCUAGAUUUCCUGAACUCGCGAGACGACAUUACUGUUCUUGGGUCAACAUCUGCCGAUUCCAAGGAGCGAGUGCCGACAGUUUCGUUUGCCGUAGAGGGGAUCAGCCCCAAGCAGAUUGUGGUGGAAGCCGAGAAGAUCUCGAACUUUGGCUUCAGAUGGGGUCACUUCUACUCGAAGCGGCUGUGCGAUGAGAUUUUGAAGCUCGGUCCGGAGGGGGUGACCAGAGUCUCGAUGGUGCACUACAACACUGAAGCGGAGAUCCAUGGUCUAGUCGAUGUGCUGAAGAAGGUACUGCCGUAG